AGUAUGGAUAUUUGCCAAUAGAGUAAUUUAAAUAUGGUUAAAAUCAAAUAAUUAGACUAUAUUUUUAAUGUGAAAUUAAAACAUUUGAAAAUGUGGCCCAUGCUUCUGAAUUUGACACGCGACGAGUGUCGUCUCACGCUUCGGAGACUCGAAUUGGAAGCCUACUCGAAUAUGAUCAGUGUGUUUAGAGCACAAGGGCCUUUAGAAGACAACAGAAAAAAACUAUUGGAAGAAUUACGCGCCGUGUUACACAUAAGCCACGAUAGGCACAGUGCCGAGGCACGCCGCGUGUCUAACGACGAAUUACUGGCUACAAUUGCUGAAAGAUUAUCAGGUCCAAACACAGGCUUGGGAUGGAUAUGCGAGGGCAGAAGAAAAGUGCCUUUAUUACCACGUGGCAUUGCCCAAACAAUGUACACUGAAAUAGCAGACAAAGCAGCCGAGGCAGCCGCUGCUGAAAAUGCUGAAAUUCAAAAGAGGCUUCAGGCUCGAAAGCUUGUUGCCCCUAAAACAAAUGAAGAAGAAAUUAAAAGUGUGGAAGGACAAACUGCAGAGAGUGGACUUUCGUCAAAUGAAGGAAUGGAUGAGAGCAACUACCCUCCGGUUGCCAUGGAAGACCAGACAGCUAAACUAUGGGAAACAGAAUUAUUAAAUCAAAGGAAGAGAAAAGUCCCUGAAAGUGGUGCCAUACCAGCUGAAGGGUUAACACCAAUGAAGAGUAUGAGGAAUAUAAACAUCAACGCAAACCAGAAACAUCUCAAUUUAUCACAAAUAUAUUCUAAGUUGUCACAACCUGCACCUGUUGAACACAUAAGAGGUAAACCUCCAGGACAGUCUAAACAUUCGUAUAACCAAGUUAGUAAAAUAUCAUCAAGUAAACCAAGUCACUCGCACACACCGAGGUCAACGCCCCACAAACCCCGAACAACUAAAACCAGAAUGCCAAGUGCUCAUAAAAUGCAAAAGAAAACCACUGAAACACCUCCUUCUCCCAGUAAACUAUAUAAUCCUAACAUGCAAAUCGAAUAUUCAAGACCACCCAAUACUUUCCAAGCUAGUUAUGCUCAGUCUAUAUUAGGUUCAUUAGGCUCUAAGAAGAAAGAGGAUGUGAAACAGAAAGUUUUGACCUCACCUAGCACUAUGUCGGACUCGCCGACAAUGCAACUCCUAACGCAACCCGCGACGGCCCUAAAUGAACUACAAGUAUCCGGUGAUACACAUCCUGAAGAUCCGUCCUCGUUACAAGCCCAAAGUACUGCCCUAAAACCAACGUUAACUGGCAAGCCAUGUCAAUUUAUCAUAAAAAAUCGCGGUGACAUAUCAACCGAUAAAAAUACUAACCCGACUGAAGCAAAAUUGUUACAAAAGUCAUCGGACAGCUUAAAAAUAUUAUCCAGCAAACAGUUAGUCGUAGCUUCUAGUUCAACUCAAAAACUAUUGAAUACUCCCGGUAAACUCAUUACCACUAAAGUGAUCGGAUCUAUACCAAAAACGCGAACUAUUAAUACUCCAGUGACAAAUGAUAAAAUGAUUAUUGUUUCGAAAUCCCCGUCUGAAAUGAGAACUCCUAUGUCAAAAGUAGUGAUGGCAUCGAAUAUUGGUGUUAAUAAAGAGAGUGGGACGAUAGCAAUCAAUAGCAUAUCGAAAAUGACAGAUGUAUUGACACCCAAAGGCAUCCCGGCUACGGACUUAAAGGUUUCCGCCAAAGCUGUCCUUUUAAAUCCCAAAUCUGGACAAAAGAUGGUCAUGGCCAAAGCGCGAACGAAAUCGGGAGCAGAUAUAAGAAUACCAUUAAUUAAAUUCAAAAACUCUGGAAUGAAAAUUGUUUCUGAAAGCUCUCAAUCAACUUUACCGAUUAGUAAAUCGGCAGUGAUGACUGCCACAUCGCAAUCAGUAGCGAGUAGCACAAUUCCAAAUAGCCCUAAGAUAGUUAGCGUGGAACCCAUCAAAACAGCAAACUUGGCUGAUAUAGUACCUGUUAAAGGCUUAGCGCCUAUCACAACCACGAAAAUCACAAAUCCUAUAGUCAGGCCGUCAAGUACUAAAGGGAGCGUGAUUGUGGUACAAAAAGGCACAACGUUGAGCAAAGCAUUGGCAUUGGCGAAAAACGGAGGUGAUGUAUCUAAAAUAAUAAUGGGAAAAAAUGUGAAUCAACUGUUACAAGCUUCAAAGGUAGAACAGUCAGAUGGAAGCAAAUCGUCGGGUAACGUUAUCGUUCUGGAGUUAAAUAACGACCAGUCCGGUAGAACCACGACGAUGUCCGAGAUAUUGGACAGCCGUACGGUCGGCAGAAAUACAGAAGAAAAUAAGCAAUCGUCUAGCAUAACCCAAGAUACACCGGUAUUGUUCGACAAUCGAAUGACAGAAGAGACUUGCAAUGCUAGCAGCUUAGAUUCUACCGCAGAAAGUAUAAGCAGUAUUAAUCCUAUGGAAGAACCAAUUUUGUCAGUAAUCGACAAAGUGCACAACAAAGACCCUGAUGCAGCUAAAGACUCUUCGAGUGCCACCGAUUGGGAGAUCGAAUUGGAUACAGUUUCGAGAAAAGAUAAAGAUGAUGACGAUAAACUAAAUUCACUACACCUAGAUUUGGGUAUGUCCAGCGACAGUGAUAAUGAGUACAUGUCAACCGGUCACAAGACCAAGAGUAAACGAUUGGUACAAGAAGAUAAUUCGCGAGCUACGCCUACUGGGGAAAAUAGUGCGUUAUACACGAGCGCGAGUGCCAUGUCUCUCGCGACUCGCACGCUGCUCAGUCAGCUACAAGACGACGGGUCGUCUAGUAACGACUCCUCGUUCGCGCUCAAAGCUAAAAUCGAUAAAUUAAAAGACGAUCCGAAGAUCGAUAGAACGGAAUGCGACGCUCUGUCAAAAGCCAAAGCGAAGCUCAGCGAGAAGGUCGCCGAAGCGAAAUCUCAACAAAAACGGAUAGACAUCUACAGCACGGCGAUCACAACGACGGACAUAAACUUGGACUCGUUUUCGUAUUUAGACGAGACCAUGUUGGUGGGGGACGACGUGUUCGCGAGCGACGACGCCAAGUCGCGGGAGCUGCGCCGCGCCGACACGCUGGACGACCAACUCAGCCGGCUGCUCGGCGAGGACUCCGCCAACUCGACUGAUUCACAAACUGUAAGUGAAAGUUUGCCUUUAAACAAAUAAGCAAUAAUUUAGUUUUAAACGUACAUAGGUGAAAUAUAAUAUUUUUACCAUUCUUGUUUUUAAAUAAUUUAGUGAGUAAAUAUCGGACAUAAAAUGUGAAGUGAUUGAACGGCUAAAGUGACCCGAACAUGCCUUAUGAUUUACUUUCGCGUCGUUAAUUCUAAACAGAGUUGUGUUUAUCUGCCUGCACGAAAAAGAGGCUAAAUUAAAGUAGUGUACCAAAUCAGUGUGAUAAAAACAUGACGCGGAUCUUCCUUUAAAAAAAAGGUUAAAAUGUUAUUGUUAAUAAAUUAAUGAAUAAUUUUGGAUAUAACAAGAGGAAAGAGACAAUUUGCUUGCGCUUGCAAGCAUCAUCCGAUAUUUAAGAAAGCAAUAUUUAAAGUGUUCGGAAGAGAUAAAAUAAUGUAAAAUAUUGGAAAUGUAUGUAUAGUGUGAAUUAAUGCAACAUGUCAUUGUGUAUUCACGUAGGCAUGACAAGAACGUGCAUUUUUAUUCUUUAUUUGUAACCAGAUUCAACACUGAAUUUUUGGAUUAGUUAUGUACCCGCUAAAUGUUCGUUACUGUUUAUAUUUAGAACAGUUUUGCUUUUAAAAUAAUUUAAACUUCUCAAUACUUUUGAUUCAUUAAAUUUAAAGCUGAGCGAAUAUGUAAAAAUACUGAUUCAUCGGUUUUAAUACUUAGCUAUAUUUUUAAAACAGAAAACCUGAGUUAAUUAAUUUGGAAUAACAAUAUAGAAAAGUCAACAGAAAGGUUACAUGCUCUAAAAAAUAUAAACGUAAACCACCAUUUGCAAUUACAUUGUUUAAUUCGGGGAUUUUAUUAUUGUCUGGUUUUAAUAUUUUUAAUUCUAAGAUAUACCUGUAACGCACAAACUAGAAUAGGAUUUUGUUGUAAAAUUAUGAAUUUAUUUAUUUAUCACAUUAUGUUUUAUAUUAUUAUGCAAUAGAUCUGCUAAUGGAAUAUACUUCGUGUUAAAGUUUAUAAUACAUGUUACAUAUUCUUGUUAUUAUUUGUAAUGUGAAUUUUUUAUUGUACGUAAGUAUAUUCACUCAUAACAGUUUUAGCCAAUUAAAUUCAUUCAUUAAAGUUGUAAAUUUACUUUUCACUAAGAAAAUUCUUUAAAGAAAAGAAAAAUCAUUUAUUGUUAAAAUUAAAUAUCCUUUUAUCCGAAAUUUCCAAAAGGGCAAUGUUUAUUACUUAUUUAUUAAUAAUAAAUCGGACUACAAAUUUCAUAUCAGAAAUAUAUUCAAAAUUGUAUUUCACAAGUUUAUUUCUACCAUUGGCAACACUAAUUUCGAACGUGUCAAUGUUGCCUUGAAUUUUUUUGUGAAUGUAUGUUUUGGAACUUACCUAUUAAAAGUAUUACUAAAUUUUGACCAUCCUUUAAGUGAUAAAGCAGUUAAGUGAUAUUUAGGUGUUAGAUGACAAGGCCUAAUUACGUAUAAACGAAACACGAGAGAGAAUUGAAUAUUUAUCUAAUAUUUAUGUGGUACGAUUAACUUAGAUGUAUUAAAGAUUGUUUUUCGCAUAUUACCGCUUCACGAAAGUCGUUUUUAGUAACGUUUUGACCCAGAGCAUUAGUCUUCGACCUACAUACUGGAUAUAAUUAUGUUUAUAACUGAACAACAAAUAUAACUAAUUUAUUGUAAUUUGAUUUGUGAAUUUUUCGAAAUCACAAGAGCAAGGUCAGGCUACUUUUUGGAUUUUGUUUUUCUUUUAUUCUCGGCAAUUAUAAUUUUUAGAAAACCUUUUUGAAAGAGAGUAUUUUGGAAAUGGUCGCAUAAUUAUUUAAAUAAUACAUUAGAAUCACAAUUCAUUUUAAAAAGUACAUGUUUUGCCUUUAACGUCGGAAAUGACACAGUAAUUAUAGAAACAUAGUUAUAGAAUAACAAUUCUCUCAUUGUAAACAUAUAUUUUCUAUCAGCCUUUAACGCUCCCAUUGACUCCAAUCUGUACUUUUUCUGAAAAUAAAUAUAUUGUUUUGAAUAGAUUAACUUAUUGCAUCCGACAUAUUCAUGGAAAUAUUGAUUCGAGCGUAAAGGCUAACUAGAAAAACGAUUUUCGUGAAAUCUAGAAAGUGUAAACAUAUCCGAUGUAGAGAACCAUUCCCAAAGAACGAGUUAUUUGUAAUGCAAAACAAAAAAUCUAUUGAAAAAUGAAUUAUAUUAGUCUAUUUUGCUCUCUACAUCAAGUAAACUCAAUUCGGUUGACGCGUGAUCCAAUACGCGGUAGACACUUACCUACCUUCCCUUUAGGGCAGAGGCUCCCAAACUUAUUUUGUCUACUGCCCACUUCGAGAAUAAAUUAUUUUCUAGCGCCCUCAUUUUUUUACCUACUAAAAAACCACUAUAGUGAGAGCUCAGUCGGUGUCUAAGAGUCCUUCUAGAUGAAAUUACAAAUCGCCAACCAAUAAGGUUGCACAAAAUCAAAAUCAUAAGAUUGCAAAAUGAUUGUAUGCAAUCUUAUUGGUUAAUAUUUUUCCGUUUCUCCGCUCCGCUGCCUCGUUACGCUCCGAUGGACAGGCACCCUUAGAAUGGUUCACGAAAACGAUUUCUCGAAAUGAAAAGAAAUUCAGUCUUGUAUUUUUUUCCCAUAAAUAACAUUUUUGCGGUUGCAUUUCUUCUUUUCUUCUCAACUCUUUAUUUCUAAACUGUAAUCUCUAGAGAAAUUAUUUAGAGACAGUCCUUAAAAAAUUCGAAUGUGUUAAUCUUGAAAUGUUGAAAUCAUGAAUAACCGACCUUAUGCUGUUGAGAUUUAAGCUUAAUUUAUAUAAUAUAUUAAUAGUCUUUCCGUUUAUAUUAAAAGUGUUCUCGUUACAGCUUUGGAACUGGUUCCCUUACAUCAAGCAUACGCGAUGUAAUGUCAUUAUACAAGGUGCUGUAAAUACUUACGUUUAUUUAUUACUUCAUAACUCGUAGUAACAAUUUGUCCGAAUUGUUACCGUAACAAAACUGCCCAGUGUGGUUGAUAAACACAUUGUUUUACCUUUUGUAUCGUAAGAUAAAUUAAAUAUCUUUAUCCGUGUGCAUAAAAUGUUAAGCAAUAUUAGAUGUUAUACUCCGCGUAUAGAUUUAUAAUGUUAAUGUGUAAAUGGUACAUAUUUCUUGCUUUAAAAAAUAAAUAAAUAUAAUAAUUAAAUAAUGUUUAUUGCAUUCUAAAGGAUUUGUGCCAUGGACGUCGGAUAGUUCGUACUAUGACAAAAUUUUGUAAAUAAUAUUUUUUCGAUAUAUAUGACAGGUGUCGCAUUAGUUUUUAUUAGUGAUUUUGUAUCAUAAUGAUAAUAGAAUUGUAUGAGACUUGCAUUUUUGGACGUGUUCGUUGUCUUCUAAUACUGAUUUAGUUUAGUGAAAUGUUAUUAGGUUUUUUUUUCGAUUAUGAAUGAUGCAGGUGAAUUAGUUUAGGAAAAUUGGUUACCACAAGAAGUGCGGGCAGGCGUGUGCCCGUUACAGUGGUCGUAAAUCUUUUGUAUAGUAUAAUUGUUGAAUUCGUAAAGCAACUGUUCAUCUGCGUCCAUUUUCUUGUAUCAAGUAAGACGUUUUGAUUUGUUUUGUCGGCUGUAAAUAUUUUGCGUAGUAAAUAAAUUAAUUAGAAUCACAACAGACAAACGUGUUAAUACAAUGUCAGUGUUUUUGGCAGACAAGUUUUAUUUUAUCUACUUAUUUUAACGAAUAAAACCAUUAAUCAUACAAA